AUGGCAACUCGGACAUCCACACGAUCAACAAAAGCUGUGAAAUUUGUUGAUCCAACUAACGAUGAUGAUGAUGAGCAAGAGUUUGAUGCGUCGGAUACAGCCAUUAUCAAAGAUGAACCGAAAAAAGUGAAGAAUCGAGGCCGACCACGACGAACUCGGUCAUCAAAUGACGACGAUGAAGAAUGGGAUGCCAGAAAUGAAGACAUCGAUAAUGAUGACGACGACAAUGACGAGGGCGAUGAAAGCGAUGCUGAUGAAGAUGUAACAAAGAAAUUCAAAACAGCUCCAGUCAAUCGUACAAUCGAUUCUGUUUAUGAUUUCGGUGAAAUGGGUGGAACAGCACGAAAAUGGCCGAAAACAACGACGACAACACCGCAACGAAAUAGUGCUGUGAGUGAUAGUGGAAAAUCAAUGGAAAAACUAAUGUGUUCAUAUUGCAAUUACACAACAACAAAAAAGUAUCUUUUGCAAAGACAUCUUAAAUCUCAUUCAACCGAACGACCACAUAAAUGCGCUUAUUGUGAUCGAUCAUUUAAAACAACGAUUCAACUAACAAAUCAUGUUAAUACACAUUUAGGCGUGAAACCUUUUCAAUGUAAAUUCUGUUCAUUUUCAUUUACAACAAGUGGUGAACUUAUUCGACAUGUUCGAUACAAACAUACUCUGGAAAAGCCACAUCGAUGUGAUGAAUGUGGUUAUGCAACUGUGGAAUUGAGUAAAUUGAGACGACAUAUUCGUACACAUACUGGAGAAAAACCGUAUGCAUGUCCACAUUGUUCUUAUUGUAGUCCGGAUACAUUUAAACUCAAACGACAUUUACGCGUACACACUGGUGAACGUCCGUAUCAAUGUAAUAUUUGUAAUUUUCGUUUCACGCAAAGCAAUAGCUUGAAAGCUCAUAUGUUAACACAUCAAGCGGAAAAACCAUCAUUUCCAUGUUCAUAUUGUCCAUCAGUCAUGGCUCGAAAAUCGGAUCUUCGUUAUCAUAUUGGUAAACAGCAUGCCCGUCAAUCUGAACCACUAUCAUGCAACAAAUGUGAUGAAGAUUUUCCUGAUAAAUAUUCACUCCGUAUGCAUGGUAAAACUCAUAAAGGUCAAACAAUCCAUUCUUGUAAUCAUUGUGAGUUCUCGGCUAAUACAAGUCAACAACUCGACGAUCACAUGAAUAAACAUCGUGGUACGCGUCCAUUCCAAUGUAGUGAAUGUGGUUUGAUGUUCGCGGCUCGUGCUGAUUUACGUGCACACGUGACACGUACGCAUCGAAAUUCAAUGACACCGACAACCACGACAGCAGCAGCAGCAGCACUGAACUCUCCAACAGCAAUCAAUCGUCGACCACAACGACGUGCUGCGUCAUUACAACAUCGUUAUAUUGGUGUUUCAUCAGGCGCCGAAGAUGAUGAACAACAAGAAGACGAUUUUCGCUGUCCAAUCUGCCACCGACAGUUUACUUCAGCACGUUUGCUUGAUCGACAUACAUAUGCUGUACACGAGCCUAAACAAGAUUCAUAUGAUAAUCGUGACUAUCAAACAAAUGAAAUGGAAGACGAAGAUGACGUUCGUGACUAUGCUGAUGAUGAACUUGAGGAAAAACCGAAAACUAAUAUCAAUGUGAAGAACGAAAUGCAUGCAAAUCAAAUGAAAUUCGAAGAAGGUAUGACCGAUGACGAACAAGGCAUAGGCGAAGAAGAAGAAGAUUUGGCACCUGUUGUCGAGGAUAUAGCCGAAGGCGAUGAUGAUUUUGAACAAAUUCCGACAAUUAAAUCUAUAUCAUCUGCUGGACGAAAACAAAUUGGCGUUGUAAGAAAAUUCGAUGAACUCGAAGGUGUUGAAAUGCCAAGCAAACGAAAGCGUGUCAUUCGAGAUGAAAAACCUGAUUUUGAUGUCUUUGGUUUUGAUGACUGCAUAUCAAUUGACAGUACAUCGAUGGCCACCAGUACGACUACACCUAGUCAAUAUCAAAUCUUAGAGCAGGCUCCGGGCUAUGGGAAUCGAAAGAACGAUCUGAUCUUCUUUUCCAAUUCUUGUCCAGCAUCAUCAGCGAAUAAAGUCGUUUACUAUUUCGGUGGAGACAUUCAAGAUUUACCCGAACGAAUGAAAUCAUCGCGAGAUAAUCGACAGUAUCAACGAUGGAAUUUAAUAUCAACAGGAGAGAUACUUUGCCGACGUUUUCCACACUCUUUCAUAGUCGCUAUUCGACCGAAUAUAAUGAAAGAUGGUACUUUCGCACGAUUUUCUAAUUUCGUACCUCAAACGACCGAAUAUGGUGACCCGGUUAGAUACGAUACUGCGAAUCUGGUUGCUCUACGUCAUCUACACGCACUUGAUCAACAAAUUUCUAAAACUUCAACUGAUAUAACUCUCGUCGGUUUCAGUAAAGGUUGUGUAGUAUUGAACCAACUUCUCCAUGAAUUAACUGCUCUCCGAACGUUGAACCUUGACCACGAUCUUUCGCACUUCAUUUCUCGCAUCCGUCGAUUCAUUUGGCUUGACGGUGGACACAACAAUGGCGAUCAUGUCAUGAUUUGGCCAACUGAUGAAAGUCUCGUUUCGACGCUAAUACAUUCGGCAAUUCAGAUUGAUUUAGUCAAAGUCUAA